AUGUCCACGACGACUGCGAAUCCACCAGCUUCGGCUGCGGCGACGAAAGCGCCCGCACCAGCUGCCGCUGCUGCCGCUGCCGCCGCCGCCAAGGGCGCCGCGGCUGCCGACGAGAACGCCUCCAACACGUCCUUGUACGUUGGCGACUUGGAAUCGAGCGCCACGGAAGCUCAAUUGUACGAGUUAUUUUCCACCAUCGGUCCAGUUGUCUCCAUUCGCGUGUGCAGAGAUUUAAUCACGAGAAGAUCGCUCGGAUACGCGUACGUGAACUUCUCGCAAGCGCAAGAUGCGGCGAGAGCGAUUGACGUGUUGAACUUUCAAGUGGUCAACGGGAAGCCGAUUCGCAUCCUAUACUCGCAAAGAGAUCCGACUAUUCGUAAGUCCGGUGUCGGGAACAUUUUCAUCAAGAACUUGGACAAGGACAUUGAUACCGUCGCGUUGAGAGAUACGUUCGCACAGUUCGGUAACAUUGUUUCCGCCAAGGUUGCCACGGAUGGUCAAGGCAACUCCAAAGGUUACGGCUUCAUCCAAUUCGAUACCGAGGCGGCGGCGAAGGAAGCCAUCGAGAAGGUCAACGGCAUGGAAUUGAACGACAAGGUUGUCUACGUCGGUCCAUUUCAAAGAAGAGCGGAAAGAGGCACUACGGAAACGAAGUUUAAUAACGUUUUCGUCAAGAACUUGGGCGAUGAAGUUACGGACGAAGAGUUGAGAAAAGUUUUCGAAGGCUUUGGACCGGUGACUUCGGUUAUGAUUUCGAAGGACGAGGACGGUAAAUCCAAAGGCUUUGGUUUCGUGUGCUACGAAACGCCGGAAGAUGCGUCCAAGGCGGUCGAAGAACUCGAUGGCAAGCACGGCGAAGAAGACAAGAAGUGGGUUGUCUGCCGAGCGCAAAAGAAGGCGGAGAGAGAGGCUGAGUUGAAGGCCAAAUUCGAAGCUGAGAGAAGAGAACGUAUGGAAAAGAUGGCGGGCGCGAACUUGUACAUCAAGAACUUGGAAGAUGGCGCGGACGACGAAACGUUGAGAGAGCUGUUCAAAGAGUUUGGUACGAUCACUUCGUGCAGAGUCAUGCGCGACGCGUCUGGCGUUUCCAGAGGGUCCGCGUUUGUCGCGUUUUCCUCUCCAGAAGAAGCCACGCGUGCGGUGACUGAGUUGAACGGAAAAAUGGUUGGCGCGAAGCCGUUGUACGUCGCCUUGGCGCAGCGUAAAGAAGACCGCAGAAUGCGUUUGCAAGCGCAAUUCGCGCAGAGAUCGAUGGGUCCGGGCGGUGUCAUGGCGCCGAUGUACGGUAUGCCCCCGCCGGGCGUUCCGGGCGGUGGCAUGCCGGGCAUGUACUACGGCCAACCGCCGCCAGGUAUGAUGCCGCCGCAACCACAACCAGGGUUUGGGUUCCAACCGGGUAUGCCGGGUGGGCCGAGACCGAUGCCGGGUUACAACAUGCCGGGCGUUCCGAACAUGAUGAGAGGUCCGGGUGGCAUGGGCGGCAGAGGAGGCAGAGGCCGUGGCCAGCCGGGUAUGGGUGGCAGAGGUGGCCCGCAAAACGGUCGCCAAAACUUCCGCCAGCAACAGCCGAUGCCACCGAUGCCGGGACAAGCGGCGCCGGAGCCGCCGGCUGCGGAAUCGAACCCGAUUGCGCUCAUCGUUUCGCAACUCGGCACGGCCACCCCGGAUCAACAAAGAAUGAUUUUAGGGGAAGCCUUGUACCCGUUGGUUGAUGCCGUCGACUCUGCGAACGCCGCGAAGGUGACUGGUAUGUUGUUGGAGAUGGACCAAGCCGAAGUCUUGCACUUGAUUGAAUCUGCGGACGCGUUGAAGGCGAAGGUUCAAGAAGCGUUGGCUGUUUUGGCCGCCGCCUCGUCUGAUUAA